CCUUAUAUUUCCGGUUCGGAUGUAUCAUGAGUUAUCAUAAGUGUCAGUUAAAAAAAUCCAGAACUAAUUAAAUAACUUGUUUUCUAAUCAUUUUGAUAUCAUUGUUCAGCGUACAUUGCUCAACUAUUGCACAAUUACAGUAUUUUCUAAAUGCAAUAAUCACGCAAAUAAACACUCAUUAGCAUUAUAUAUGUGUACAGUGUAGGAACGUGUAUAACCUAUAAUAUCACUUGUUGAUUAAACAUUUAUUUUAAGAAUAAUUGAGUGGAAAUAAUAAAAUCACACGAUGGAUAAAAUUAUGGAAAUGGAUCUGUAUGCAUUGAUCGGUGCAGAACCUACAGCUUCUGUAUCAGAGAUCAAAAAAGCAUAUCGCAAAAAGGCUUUAACAUGUCAUCCUGACAAGAAUCCUAACAAUCCAAGAGCAGCUGAAUUAUUUCAAGAACUGUCAAAAGUAUUGGAAAUACUAACAGAUGAAAAUGCAAGAGCUGCAUACGACAAAGUUAUCGCUGCCAGAAAACAGGCCAAGGAACGCAUUAAAGUGUAUGAUGCCAAGAGGAGAAAACUGAAGGAAGAUUUAGAAGCACGUGAGGAAGCUUAUAAGAGAACGUUAGAUCCCACAUAUAAUAGUAAAUCUGAUGAAGACCGAUUGAAAGCUGAGAUAGAAAGAUUACAAAAAGAGGGGUCCAAACAAGUGGAGGAGGAAGUAGCCUUUGUACAAAAACAAAUUUGGGAACAGCUUCAUGGUUCAUCAAAAAAAUCAGAAAAUAAAGUAGGAGAGUUUCGAAUUAAAAUUAGAUGGAAGACACAAGAAAAUGAUUCCACAAAUGGCGGAUACAACUAUGAUAAUCUGCAUAAAAUGUUUUCAAAAUAUGGAGAUGUAGCAGCUCUUGUUGUGUCAUCUGCAAAGAAAGGCAGAGCCAUGGUCGAAUUUGGAAAUAAAAGUGCAGCGGAAACAGCGCUUUUAGUAGAAAUCGGUUUAGCCGAGAAUCCAUUAAUACUUCGCGCUCUAUGGGAUACACAAAAAUCUUCAACCAGUACUGCUAGUACUGCAAGUUGUAAUAUUGGAAGACCCGUGUUUCCUGCGAGUAUAAAUUUGACCAGCAAACCAUGCGCGUCUGUCAGUUUUUCUUCCGCACCUGAUAUAUUUACGCAGCAAGGAAGAAUGUCGGAUGCAGAAUUUGAAAGUUCGGUGUUAGCUAAUUUGAGGAGAGCAGAGGAACGCAAACGACUCAUAGAAGAAUUGAAGACGCAGAAAGGAACUUAAUUGUAAUAUUAAAUCACUUUGAUUUGCUCGUGUAUUUAUUUUUCUAUGUAAGAAAUAUACAGAUAGUAAAAAUAUCCGUUAUUAAUGUU